AUGAAUUACUUAAAGGCCAUAUUUUUUAAAAGUGUUCAAACUGUAGAAUGUAAAAAAUUGAUUUUUUCAUUAAUUACGAAUGUAAAUCACGUAGGCAUAAGAAAUCUAAGUACUGAUAUGAAAAAUAUAAAAACAGAUAAAACUAAUGCAGAAACAAAUUUCGCUGCAAACCUGCCCAAAGCAACUAGGAUACCAAUAAUGAAAAUUUUUUACGGCAUUAUAUUUUUAAUGGCAUCUGUUCCUAUUUGCCAGUCCAUUUACGAAACCAACAAAUAUUAUAAGGAGGUGAUUUAUUAA